AUGUCUGAACCAAAGGUAUUGGAGAGUACGACGGUGGACGAUACUCAUGAGAGUGGGGUGGUUGAUGCACAGCCAUUGCUGGUGACCCUGAAGAAAGGCUGGGCGAAAGGGGUUCGCGCAAAGUUUCUCAAGAGUUGCCUUGAUGAUUACAAGGCUGCAGUCCUCAAAUCGAACGAAAAGGCCAACUCUGUCCUCAAUGACAUCCUCAAUGACUGGUUCAAAACCUUCCAUUGGUCUAUUCCCAUUCCUAAACGUGACCAAGACAACGAAACCAUUCCCCCCCUUUUUCCAUUUCCUAAGACCUCUGAUGGGUUCGAAAUCUUGUCCCCCGCUGAUAGCACUUUGAAAGGAAAAGUCAUUGAGCGUAUGAGAAAGAGAUUCAGUAGUAACGUGUAUCUGCGUCAUAGUCUCUUUACAACUGGUUCAAUCAUCGUUCCAAAAAGACCAAGUCCCUACAAUGAUCGAAGAAAACCCAAGACCCAAUCGUUGUAUUGGUCGACCGACUUCUGGGCGCUCCGUGCGGGCUGGGAACUUUGGGGAGCGGCCAAUUUUGCGUCAAUGAAGGAGGAUUGCAACAUCGCGUUCUCAGACAGCGGCAAACCAGAGCGCGAACGUGCCGCAUUCCGCAACACUUACAAAAAGGCGGUGUUUCUCGAACUGGGCGAGGAAGAGCAAAAACGAUGGAAUGAAGAUGCCCUCGUCGCUCAUAGGAAAGCCAAGGAGGAGUGGAAGGAGGGCAAGGGGGAGAUCCAGGAGAUGUCCCCUGCCGAAGCGCAAAAGGCAUUAAAUGAUCUGCCAAACCUUCUCGGUCCCCUUCUCGAGGGGAUUGGGAAGUCACUCAAGAUGCAUAUUUCCAUAUUCAUUGGCGGUCCUGAGCCAAUACAAAACGGAAAUAUCAAUGCAAUUAGCCUCCAUUACGGUACCAACAAGGCGCCCGCUCCCAAGGAGUGGGCUUAUGCAGACGUGGAAAAUUUUUCUGUAGUUAAGAACGUGUUCCUCGAAUUCAUGAGUACUUGCUACUUCGAAGCUUCUACCUCUCUCCCCCGAUCGGCGGAAACGAUUCCAACAAUGACCAAAGAAGCGGUAUCCACUACAAUCAAACCAGCGGAUAAUGGGCCUCGCUCCUCGGCUUUGCGGAAAAGGAAGGCAAAAGGCGAUCGAACAACAAAAUCAAAGAAGCCGGCACCACGUAAGGCUCCACCUCCCAAGGCCAAGAAGGGAAAGAGGAAGCGUCGUGCAUCAGUCGUUGAGUCAGAUGCAGGAGAUUCUGAUGAUGAAAGUUCGUCGUCGUCAUCGGGGGAGGAGGAGGAGGAGGAGGAGGAGACGAGUGCUGAUGAGUCCCAGGGCUCAGGAAUCGGCGAAGACGAUGAGCCCUCCAUUCCGUCGUUGUCAAGGGGCUCCAUGCAUAAUACCAGACGUACUACGAUGGAUCCGAAGCGUCUAGACCGGCCAGAAGAACCCAUCGAAGUGGUUGUCGCGGCAAUUACUCCUGCUCCUCAACAGGAUCCUGCAAUCUCACCUCCUUCCUCUCAUCCUAGCAUGCCGCCCCCUACUCUACCCUCACAGGGUUCUACGCUGCCGACCUCCACCUCGACUCCUAUCCCUUCUACAGCGCACGCCACAUUACCCGGGCCUGAUCCCAAUUGGCCCACGUGGUUCUCGAAGGCCUUCAUGCUUCUUUCGGCUCGAGAUUUGGGCCCGGCGUUUACCCAAGCCAUUCGUCAGUACAUCGAACUGGAGCGUCGGUACGGUUUUAGCAUUGGAGGACCUCAGGCAGGUUUCAAGAAACAGAGGCGGCCGGAUGAAGUCGAUUGGUGGGUGGGGCGUGCGCGCAUGAAGUCGCCGGAGAUCAAGGAUGUGUCAUCCUUCGACCCAAAGUGGUGGGCUUGGUGGAAUCUAUUGCAGCCACAUUGGCGUGGGGUUGCAGACGUAAAAGGGCCCUUGGGUCCGGCUCAUCGUGAAGAGGUUACGGGGGAAGAUGGUUGGUCGGUUAUGGACAAGCAUGGUCAGAACGUGUUCCUGACUGUGCUGGCGACAUUGCUGUGGUGGGAGUCUGGUUUGCCGGGCAAUGGACAGGACAAUUCGAGCUGGCUAGCUGCCGUGGAGGAUGUCAGCUGGGUGAUGUCGCAGGUCGUGGAUGCAGGUUUAUCCCCCACCACUUCACAGCCCCCCGCCAAAAGGCAGAGGCGUUAA